AUAGAACAAAGCAUAUAGCACCAAAACUUUUCUCCACACAUGAUCUUGAGAAAGAAAGAACAGUUGAUGUCAAACAAAUAAAGUCCUGCGACAACCCUGCUGAUUUAUUCACAAAGUCAUUGGCACCGAAGAAAUUUGAAGAACUGAUCCACAAAAUUGGAAUGUGUCGUCUUCGUGAUAUAUGUUACAUCAAAGGGGAUAGAACAAAGCAUAUAGCACCAAAACUUUUCUCCACACAUGAUCUUGAGAAAGAAGGAACAGUUGAUGUCAAACAAAUAAAGUCCUGCGACAACCUUGCUAAUUUAUUCACAAAGCCAUUGGCACCGAAGAAAUUUGAAGAACUGAUCCACAAAAUUGGAAUGUGUCGUCUUCGUGAUAUAUGUUA